AUGCCACGCGGGUUCCUCGUCAAGCGCAGCCGGCGCCCCGGCGGCUCCUACCGGGCGCGCCCGCGGGAGCGGGACCCAGAGCGGGACCCGCCGCCCGCCCCGCCGCCGCCCCUGCUGCCCGCCCCGCCGCCGCCCACAGCCGGGGGCAGCCCCGCCGCCAGGCCUGCGGCGGAGGAGCAGGAGGAGGGCGAGGAGGAGGAGGGCGCUGCCGCCGCCGCGUACCCCGCGACGUGGCCCCCCGGCGGUGGCGGCGGCCCUGGGCUGGCCCCGCAGGAGGGACCAGCAGCCUGGGGCACGGCGGGACCCUGCAGCGCCGCAGGGCCGCGGGCAGCUCUUUUCGAGCGGUGCCUCAGCUCCCCCGCCUCCGCCGAGUCCUUCCCCCUGGCCGCCUCCUUCCCGCCAGCCGAGAAGCUGCUGCUGCAGCCCCGCACGCCUCUGCCCGUCCCGCCGCCGCCGCCGGUGCCCGCACUGAAGCGGCCGUCUCGGGCCAAGGCGCCGGCCAAGAAGGCCAAGGCCACGCGAAAGCUGAGCUUCGCCGACGAGGUGACCACCUCGCCCGUGCUGGGGCUGCGCAUCAAGGAGGAGGGUCCCGAGGGCAGGCCGGGGCCGCCGACGGGGCGCACGCCGCUGGGCGAGUUCAUCUGCCAGCUGUGCAAGGAGCAGUACGCGGACCCGCUGGCGCUGGCCCAGCACCGCUGCUCCCGCAUCGUGCGCGUCGAGUACCGCUGCCCCGAGUGCCACAAGAUCUUCAGCUGUCCCGCCAACCUGGCCUCGCACCGCCGCUGGCACAAACCGCGGCCCGGCCCCAGCUCCGACGGCCCCGCCGCCGCCGCCGCCCCUCCGGGCAAGGAGAAUAGCCCCGAGCGACGGCCCCGCGGCCCCGCGGCGCUCUCGCCACAGCCGCCGCCGCCGCCCCGUCAGCACCGCGGCGGCGCGGACAGCGCCAGCGGCGCUCAGGUUCCCCCCGGCCCCGCUCCCGGCCCCGUCGGGGAGGCUUUCGCCUGCCCCUGCUGCCAGAAGCGGUUCCGGCGGCAGGCCUACCUCCGCAAGCACCUGGGCACUCACGGGCCGGCGCGGCCCGCCGCCUACGGCCCUCCGGAGCGCGGCCAGGUCGCCUUCGCCUGCCACCUCUGCGGCGCCCGCUUCCCGUCGGCGGACAUCAGGGACAAGCACCGGCUGUGGCACGCCGUCCGGGAGGAGCUGCUGCUGUCGCCGCCGCCGCCGGCAGGGCCCCCCGAGGGCGGUGCGGUGGGCGGUGAGCGGCAGGGCUUCCCCUGCAAGCACUGCCCCGCCACCUUCUUCAGCGCGCCCGGGCUGGCGCGACACGCGAGCAAGUGCCACCCGCCGGAGAGCAGGCAGGUCCUGCUGCUCCAGGUGCCCGUCCGUCCGGGCUGCUAGGAAUGGGGCUGCUCCGGGAGCCCGGGCGGGCCGAGCGAGUCCUGUCCACGCUGUAAUUCCUAUGGAAAGUCACGGCUACGACGGCCGAGGGGCCACCCAAGGGCUCCUCUGCCCUUCCCGGUUGGCGGGUACCGGAGCUCGGCCCCGCGGCAGGAGGCUGAGCCGACGGGCAGCACUGCCGGGGCGGGUGGCAGCGCCCGUGCCAAGUCUCACAGAGGUGGUAGGAGCGCAGCGGGGUCCGUGGGACGCCGGGCAGCCGCAGGGGGGACUGGCGGUGUGGGCACGAACCAGGGCUGGCGGCAGCACGCAGGGAGCCUGGCCCUGGGACGCCUGCGAUGCGGGGAGCUCAGGCGUCAACUCACUGCGAGUACCUCUUCUGUAGCUACCCCUCAGCUAGAAGUUCAGCUGUAUAUAUGAUAUUUAAAGAGAGGAAUUAUUUUUCGUGAGAAAAGGAGCCUAAUCUAGUGACCUUGUUUUAAUAGCCUUAGCCCCUGAGCUUCAACAUUUAAGUUAUUGUGAGGUGUUCUGUUUGCUGUACUCUGUACUAAGAUAGUUGAGAAGGUAAAUGUUCAUAUUAAGUCAAUGUCAAGUCAUACAAUAGCUAGCAAAACAUGGAAAAUGAAUUGUGCUGUCCGCUUAAUUAAAGUACAAGGCGUCAAUUUCUAUAGCUAAGUGCGCAUCUCCCGCUUGCUCUGUGUUCCUGUGCUCUAGCUAGCGACCGUGCGGUAGGCAAAUGCAUGUCUCCGGCAGCUGCCCAUUUCAAAACCUGCUGUCAGUGGCUUGUCACCGUGACACUGACAAUGGCACCAGGCACAGUUGGGUCUCACCAGGUCCUGCCAGCCCCUGUGGUGUGGCAGGCAGAGGGGCCCUGUCUGCAGCUGGCCUUUUCGGGCAACCUCCGACCCCUCUUCCCUGUGAGCUGCUGAAGUGUGGGUGGUGGGCUCUCGUCUUUCUCCCUAACGAGACCUACCUUUAGCAAAGCAACCUGAGGCACGUAUUCCCUGGCUUUGACGGUGCUCUGGCCAGAUGCUUUGAAAUACUGUCAAAUUUACCAGCUCUGACAUUUCAGCCGGCAUUUAUUAUUUAUUUAUUUUUUUCCAUGCAGGAGUGCCUGUUUCUAAGUGUGAUGGCAAGUGAGGCCAAAAAUAAGGGCAAGCAAAAUUCAACAAAGGAUUUAAAACAAAGCUCACCUGUUUUUGAAUUCAGCAGGGCAAAGUGGGUCAGCUGGUGAUUUCUGAAGAAUCAAACCGAUUCCAGCCAUAGGCUUUGUUCUAACUCUCUCUGAAAUGAGCAUGCAAAAUGUGUCAAUCUCUUGAUUAGCAUCCCCUAAAGCAGUUAUUGCUGUAGUUUUAUGUUUUGUUACACACGACAAAAGAAUCAUGUAUAUUUGAACCCAAAUGCUGAAGCAAGUGCUAAAUGCUUCAUUUCAAAUGUGUUUCAUGGACUUUCUUGGUUUAGUUCCAGGGCCUGGACAAAUGAAUACAAUAUAAUCUAUAAUACAAUACAACCUAAAGCAGUCAAAUUUGUCCUCUGAUGGAGGAGGCUGAAAUAGUGGCUUACUCUUCUCAUAUGCCAGAAAUAAAGCAUGUUAUUUUGAGCAUUUACCCAUCAUUUGGUGGUUAACGGAGACUUAGCUAAGCCUGUUUCUGCAGUUAGACGAGUUUUCACCUGGAGAAGGUUGCUGUGUUGAGUCAUCGCUCUCCUUUCUCCACUUGUGAAGUCGAACAUGAAGGGCUCUGGACCACAGAAACCUGAUGAUUAUUAACUGCUCCUACAAUUAGCAGUGGAACAACCAGCCCUGUUGUUGCAGGAGGGAACAUCCCGUGCUUUGCAUUAUGUGUGGAGCUGCGUGCAUUCUAUUUACUAGAUCCAGGGAGAAGCUUGUUGGCAGUACGGCAUACAGUAUGUGGGUUGGGAAGGAGCCCCCAAAGAACUUGUGUGUACUUUUUACUGCAAAUGAAAACUAAGCCAUGUAUCACACUUAACUGCUCCAUACAUAAUACUCUGUUCUUCAAUCAGUUGUCAACUGGCGUAAGAAUCUAAUCACUGUGGUGAAUGACCAUUUCCAAAAGGUGGUAAGAAUAAUUUUAUUGUAUUAUUAAAUAGCAUGUCUUCUCUUCAACCAUUACAAAUCUGUAGAUACUACAUGAAUGACAAUACAUAAUUUACCUUUUUAUUUUUGCCCAUAAGAUAUAUUUACACAUGCAGUUAGUACCGAUGUCAUGCUACAUUUUGUUAACAGCAUUUUGUUGUUUGCCAGACGCAAAAUGUGAGCAUUUCAUCUUCUGCAGGAAAGCACCUCUGGGAGGGUGGAACGCGUGUACUAAUCUGCACUCACAGGGUUGGAACUGUCAGCAUUUCAGCCAGGCUCCUGGAGGACGUUCCCUUUUCUCCCCUAGCACACAUCAUCAGAGCAUGGAUUUCCAUUAGGAAAGUUGUGGGUGUUUUUUUUGUUGUUGUUGUCUUUUGUUGUUUUUUUUUUUAAUAUAAGAAAUGAGAAUUUACCUCUAGAGCCAGCAGCCUGGUGAUAAAGGCUAAAAACCCCAUGGAACUCAAUGGCAUUUACUAUUGAUACCAGUUGGAUCAGGCAUAAAUAAAUUUUCAGCACAGUGAUUUUUUUGUUUUUUCUGGCACAGAUUAUGGCAUCACCUGCAGAGUUAUGAAAUAAUACAUUGCUUUGUGAAGAAAGAUUUGGUGCUAUGAGCAAGUUAUUCUGCUUGGACUCUGCAAUGCUUGAAAGGCCGUUGAACUAUUUUAUUCUUAACAUAAAUAACCUGUACACAUCCUGUGCAUUAACAUUGUGACAUCUGACAAAGACUUUACAAAUGCAAAUUCAAUUUAAAAUUGUACAUUCAUUUUCAAAUUGUACAUAUUUCUUUGUUACAGAGAAAAUUGCAGUGGGGCACAAUAAAUAUAGUGUAUUCAAAA